CCCCUGCGGACGGCGACAUGGGCGAGUGCGGAGCCCCCGGGGAUGUGAACUCCAACGUGCUCAUCGCCCCCAGCACCGGCGACGCGCAGCUGGACAAGGCGGUGUGGCAGUGGCUGAGCUGGGACAAGAACCAGAAAACUAAAGAACAGAUUGAGAGCUUGUUGCAGAAUGGGAAGCACAAAGAGCUGCGGGAUCGCCUCUGCUGCAGGCUGACCUUUGGGACCGCCGGCCUUCGCUCUGCCAUGGGAGCUGGCUUCUGCUACAUUAAUGAUCUUACAGUGAUCCAGUCCACACAGGGGAUCUACAAGUAUCUUGAGAGGUGUUUCUCAGACUUUAAGCAGAGAGGCUUUGUUGUUGGAUAUGACACACGAGGUCAGGUGACCAGCAACUGCAGCAGUAAGAAACUUGCAAAGCUCACUGCUGCGGUCCUGCUGGCUAAAGAUGUACCUGUGUACUUCUUCUCCACCUAUGUCCCUACUCCGUUUGUGCCCUAUGCUGUUCAGCAGCUCAAUGCUGUGGCUGGUGUGAUGAUCACAGCAUCCCACAACCGGAAGGAGGACAACGGGUACAAGGUUUACUGGGAAAAUGGAGCGCAGAUCACCUCUCCUCACGAUAAGGAAAUCAUCAAGUGCAUAGAAGAGUGUGUUGAACCAUGGAAUGGCUCUUGGAAUGAGAAUCUAGUAGAUACCAGUCCCCUUAGGCAGGAUCCUCUGAAGAAAAUCUGUGACUGUUACAUGGAAGACCUGAAAAAGAUCUGUUAUUACAGGGAGCUGAAUAUGCAAACAACUCUGAAGUUUGUUCAUACCUCUUUUCAUGGAGUUGGACAUGACUACGUGCAGUCGGCUUUCAAAGCUUUUGGCUUCCAGCCUCCCAUUCCAGUACCUGAACAAAAAGAUCCAGAUCCAGACUUCUCCACUGUCAAAUGCCCAAAUCCUGAAGAAGGGGAAUGUGUGCUGGAGCUGUCACUGAGGCUUGCAGAGAAGGAAAGUGCUAAAGUAGUAGUGGCCACUGAUCCAGAUGCAGAUAGACUAGCAGUGGCGGAACAGCAGGAGAAUGGGUGCUGGAAGGUGUUCACUGGCAAUGAGCUAGCAGCUUUGUUUGGGUGGUGGAUGUUCUCAUGCUGGAAGGAAAACUGCUCUGAAGAUGCUGAUGUGAAGAACAUUUACAUGUUGGCAACCACAGUGUCCUCAAAGAUUUUGAGGGCAAUUGCACUUAAAGAAGGAUUUCACUUUGAAGAAACACUCCCUGGAUUUAAGUGGAUUGGAAGUAGAGUAAAAAAUCUGCUAGAUAAUGGGAAAGAAGUUCUCUUUGCAUUUGAAGAGUCUAUUGGUUUCAUGUGUGGCACAUCAGUGUUGGAUAAAGAUGGUGUAAGUGCAGCUGUGGUCAUAGCUGAGAUGGCAACCUACCUGGAGGGCAAGAACCUCUCGCUAGCACAGAAACUCAUCGAGAUAUAUGAAACGUACGGGUACCACAUAUCAAAGACUUCCUAUUUCUUGUGCUAUGAUCCUCCUACUAUCAAAAGGAUAUUUGAGAGACUUCGGAACUUUGAUGCUCCUCAGUCUUAUCCCAAACUUUGUGGCAUUUACAAUAUCUUACAUGUGCGAGAUGUCACCACUGGCUAUGACAGCAGCCAGCCAAAUAAGAUAUCGGUGCUGCCAGUGAGUAAAAGCAGUCAGAUGAUCACUUUCACCUUCCAAAAUGGUUGCGUUGCCACCCUUCGGACAAGUGGGACAGAGCCAAAGAUCAAGUACUACGCAGAGAUGUGUGCACUGCCUGAGCAGAGUGACAGAAACGUGCUGGAAGAAGAGCUUCAGAAGCUGAUUGAAGCUUUGAUUGAGAAUUUCCUUGAACCUGAUAAGAAUGGACUGAUCUGGCGCUCGGCUUAGAUCUGCUGGCCCUGGUGUUCAGAGCAGUGACCCUCUGCCCUGUGUCACAAAGGAACCAAGAACACAACUCAGUUUAAUAUAUAUGUGUGUGUGUGUAUGUGUGUUAAACAGCUAUGGUUUUAUUCUAUAAAGGAGCAUUCUUUUGUCAGGCUUUUCACCAAAAGAACAUUGGAAAAGCAAAUUGGGAUAAGGAGAGGAGGUGAGAGAAAAGGAUGGAAUUUCUUUUCUUACUACAGUUCUCAAUCCUUUUGACCAAAAGACAUGGUUAACCUGCACCAAUGCAAAUGAACUGCCCUCGCAGGUUUAAGACAGAUCUUAACCACUAGAUCAUGUCUUCAACUCAUUUCAGGUAUCAAAUAGCUUUUGUG